AUGGCCACCAAACACACAGAUUAUGAUCCCAUCAUUCAAGAAAUUGUGGACUAUGUCUACAAUGGACAAAUUACGGAUGAAGGCGUUUACCAAAGAGCCCGAGUUGCCCUCUUGGAUGCGCUAGGAUGUGCCAUAGAAACUCUACACUUCAGUUCAGACUGCAAAGAUCUCAUUGGCCCAGUCGUUCCGGGAGUUGUUGCGCCUGGAGGAGUCCGUAUCCCAGGAACUGCAUACGUUGUCGAUCCUCUGAAAGGCGCAUUCGACAUAGGUGCUUUGAUCAGAUACCUCGACCACAAUGAUGCGUAUGCUGGUGCGGAAUGGGGUCACCCGUCCGACAACCUUGGCGCAAUUCUCAGUGUGGCGGAUUGGUUAUCUCAGCAACGCGUCGAAGGACAAUCAGGACCGACUGUGCGCACAAUUCUGGAGGCGCAGAUUAAAGCCUACGAGAUCCAAGGCGUUCUUCAACAACGCAACGCGUUCAAUGAACACGGUCUAGACCAUGUCAUUCUAGUCAAGGUCGCCUCAACGGCCGUAGUCGCUUGGCUACUAGGUCUCCCGGAGUCAGCUGCUCUGGCCGCCGUGUCACAUGCCUGGAUUGACGGCCAUCCACUCCGAACAUAUCGACAGGCGCCCAAUGCAGGCCCCCGCAAGGGGUGGGCGGGUGGCGAUGCUUGUAUGCGAGCCGUGCAUCUAGCAUUUCUUACCAAACGUGGCGGCCACCUCGAUCCGAGUAACUCGACCUGGAAUGGGCGUGCCGCAGUAGGAAUUCCAUCUGCUCUCACUGCGCCAAAGUGGGGAUUCAGUUCAGUUCUAUAUGGUGGCAAGGAAGUCACCCAGGCCUACCCUUACGGUACUCGAGUGAUGGAAACCGUGCUCUUCAAGGUCAUUACCGCGGAGGGACAUGGUAUCUCGGCCGUCGAGGCAGCCGUUGAGAUCUCUGCUAUGCUCCAAGUUCGUGAGCUGGUGGCUGAGCGGGAUAUCAGGGCCAUCCGAAUUCGUACUCAGAAACCUGCCGUGACCAUUAUUGAUAAGACAGGUCCUCUGCGGAAUAAUGCUGAUCGCGAUCACUCUCUACAAUACAUGAUUGCUGUUACUUUGCUCAAGGGCUCGGCUGUCGAGACUACUGAUUAUCUGGAUCAUUCUCCCUGGGCUUUCGAUCGCCGUGUUGAAGCGCUUCGGGAAAGGAUGACUGUUAUCGAGGAUAAGGGAUUCACGGCGGAUUACUAUAAUCCCGAUAUUCGAAGCGUUGCUAAUGCUAUCACGGUGGAGUUAAACAAUGGGGAAAUUCUUGACGAGGUUAUCGUCGAGUUCCCCGUUGGCCAUCACAAGAGACAAGAAACCUUGGGACGAGUGAUGGAAAAGUUCCGCCAGAAUAUGAGCCUAAUGUUUGAUCAGGCAGAAGCCGACAGAAUUAUUGCAGCUGCUGAUCGCGAUCAGAUGCCUGUGAGGGAGUUCAUGGAGUUGUUUGUGCGAAAUCAAUGA